CAGAGGGGCCAAUCACGAAUCCGCGGAAGGAAGCCGAAGCGCUAGCUCCGCCCCCUGCUGUGGUCCGCGAUACCCUAAGAAAGAGGGUGGGUCGCCGCUCUGGCAGCUGGCGGGAAACUCGCGCUUGUUCUGGUGCUGUGAUCUGAUUACACAGGAUGCCAAGUUGGGCCCUACCAUCACCACAGGCUUACUCACUUAGUCUCCCCAUAUAUACCUCGAUAUGAGUAAUCCAAAGAUAAAUAUGAUUAAUCUCCUAGAGAUUAAAUUUGUGGCUGAUGAAGAUGUUCUGAAGCAUAUCUCUGAGGAUGCAGGUCUCAAAGCUCGUAAGUUAAGUGUUCCGCAUACACUUGAUAUUAAAAAAUGGAUGAAAAAUCUGGAGAACAGCUCCGAUGAUGAAGUCCAGGAUAUUUUUAAAGAACAGGAUUAUGUGACUGCCCUAGACGUCCAAGAGUCAAUGAGAAACGGUUCCAGUGCAAGUGGUGGUGAUGUCUUUCCAUUCCAAACGCCAAAACGCUCUAAUAGGAUGGCAGAGAGAGUUUCUGAGCUAAUUCAGAACUCAGCAAAGAAUGCAAAACAAAACAGUUUGAAGAAGCUUGAGGAGAAAACAAACACUCCAAAAGUCAGCAGUAAACGUUCUUCAAGCAAAGACCAGGAAGACACUAAAAGAAAUGAUUUAUCAAAAUUAUCUUACCGGACUCGGAAAAGAAUGACGGCCUUAAACAUGUGCUCUGAUAGUGAAAGUGAUUAUUCUGCUUCAAACUCUGAAGAAGAAGGGGAGGAGGCUUGCUCGGUAUCUGCUGAUGAAGCUGUUCUUUCAAAAACCCCAGUCAGAUUCCAAACCUCUUCUGUUCCACCUAGCAAAGAAACAUCUGCUAAGAAGCUGAAGAGAUGCAUUUCUAGCAAUUUGGUAGAAGAGUAUUUUGAAGCACACAGCAGUUCUAAAGUUUUAACCUCUGAUCGAACACUGCAGAAGUUGGAGAAAAAAAAACUGGAUCAGGAAUCCCUACAAAAUCUCUUGAACAACAUACCUGUUGCUUUUGCUGCUGAACGGGAAAAGUUAAUGAAACAAUAUGAAUCCCUCUUCUACAAAUGGAUGUUGCAACUGCACCUUGGGUUCAAUAUUGUGCUGUACGGAUUAGGUUCAAAAAGAGAUCUGUUGGAGAAUUUCCGUAUUUCUCUUCUUCAGGAUUCUGUACAUCUUGUUGUAAAUGGAUUCUUUCCCAACAUCACCAUAAAAUCAAUUUUGAAUUCUAUAACAGAAGAGGUAUUGAAUCACAUGGGUACCUUUCGUAGUCCCCAGGACCAGGUGGACUUCAUCCUAAAAAGUUUUAAAGAAGAUGUUUCCUCGGAACUAUAUCUUCUCAUCCACAACUUGGACAGUAAGAUGUUAAGAGGAGAUAAAAACCAGCAAAUCCUAGGACAAUUGUCUUCGCUUUCCAAUGUCUACCUCAUAGCAUCUAUUGAUCAUAUUAAUGCCCCUCUCAUGUGGGAUCAAGCAAAACAAAGUAUGUAUAAUUGGUUGUGGUAUGAAACGACCACCUUCAGCCCUUAUGCAGAAGAAACAGCCUAUGAGAACUCGCUCUUGGUACAGCAUUCGGGAUCUUUGGCAUUGAGUUCCCUCACACAUGUUCUCUGCAGUCUUACUUCUAAUGCAAGGGGUAUCUUUAGACUCUUGGUAGAGUACCAGUUGGAAAAUAAGGAUAAUCCUUCCUAUUUAGGUCUUUCUUUCCAAGAUUUAUAUCAGCGCUGUCGGGAGGCCUUCUUGGUCAAUAGUGACCUAACUCUUAGAGCUCAGCUUACAGAAUUCAGGGAUCACAAGCUGAUUCGGACUAAGAGGGGUGCUGAUGGAGUGGAAUAUUUAUUAAUUCCUGUGGAUGCUGGAAUAUUGGCUGACUUUUUGCAAAAAGAUAAUGAUGUUUGAAGGCUCACAUGUUCAAGGGCAAUUCUAUUAAGAAUUGUUGAAUUUUAUCCUAAGGUGUGGCCAUUUUGCAGAUCUCAGGAGUCUAAUCUACCUGUAAUAAUGGAAUAUGAUGCUGUAAAAGCAAGCCAAUUAUUAGCUGCUCAGGUUUCUCCCUUUGCCAGUCUAUAUUAUUAUAGACCAAGAAAAUGUCAUCCACUGAUAUUAGUGUGCCUUCUGUUCAUAAAUCUUCCAGAAAUAAGAAUUGAACUGGAGAACUUGUGUUUGAUAAUACACGCAAUUGGCUACUAAUAGCUGAAUUCAGCUAUUGACUGGUAUAUUUGUAAUAUAUCAUAGGCAGACCAUUAUUGAUCUUCAAACAUGUGUCAUGAGAUGGAAGGAUUGGAUUAGGAAACUGGUUGGACUGGAGCAAAAUAAACCACUGAUACCAGAGAUGUGGAUAUCAUCAUUUAUUAAAAAUUUAGCCUUAAUUGGGAACAAAAGAUUCCCCCCAUAUAAGCCAUUUUAAAUAUGACAACAGCUGUGUUUUUGUCAAUAAAAACAACUGUAAAUAUGCUUAUUUAACCUUUUUUUUCUUACCUAAUGAUUGUUUAAAGCUGUCUGAAUAAAAAUAAACAUGCAAUUGCAUCCUUUUGUAUGGUUCUUUUAUGCCAUAUAACUA